AUGGAGACGAUCCAGGCGGCGAGCCAUCCGAUCACCAAGGUGUUUAGUGAAAGAAUGACCUCUCUGCCCAACAGACCAACCGUUCCAGACGGCUGGUCUGUAACAUCCGAAGAUUCACUGACGCCAAGUUUGUCCUUCAAGUCCAACUCCAGCACUGAGAGCUACUUCGAAGGGUCUGGAAGAUCGCUGUCACGAUCAAAUCGACACAUUUGCGCCCCAAAUGCAGAGACCAACUACUUGGAGUACUUAGAUAUGAUGAAACUGGAAGUAGAUACACAUCUGGAUAAGCUCAAGGGGGAUGUAACAGGUCUGGAAAACUACGCUUUACCGGAUACUGGCUACAUAGUCAGCACACACCUGGGCAUGUCCCUUGAUGUGAUGCUAAUCGAGAUAGAUGAAAGGUUCAACGCACUGAAGCUGCUGCUGGCCGUCGUGUUCCGGCAAGCUAGGGACAUGCCUGGCCUGACCAACCCGUUGGUUACUGAUCUUCAGUGGGAGCAUGAGUUGCAACUGGAAAUCAUCGGCAUUACGGUCGCAGAAUGCAUUGCUGGCUUGCAGGAGGAGCUAGAGAGGAAGUUGUAUGAGCAAAUUUCUGUCACAAACAUCAUGAGUAAGAAUUGGCAGGAAGCAGUAUCUCAGUUUGCCGCGAUGCGUGAGGACCUGGGUGCUCUUUCUAAGCUGCUGUUGCCUUCAGUACCAGAAUCACACAUUUCUCACAGUAAGCAAGAAAGUUCAGGUAGCAAGAGCAAUAAGUGGAAGUAUUUAUUUGGAAAGAAAACAAAGGAGGAUCAUGCUUCACCCCGCACCGAGGAAAGGAAGAGUUUUAGGAAACAGAAAUCCAUGGUUAUCUCGGAAAAAUCUGACUUCCGCCAUUUGAAUGCUAUGACCAGGGAAGAAACAAUAAGCUACUUUAAGUCUGAAAUAAGCAAAUUGAAGAGGGCGCAUGAACUGGCCUUGCAAGAAAAGACAGAGGAGCUCUUCAAAUUGAAACGAGAGAAGGGGUCUCUUGCUCUUCAGAAUGAUGUGGAAUUUGAACCUUUAAGAAAGAAAAUCCCACAGAUCAUCGCUAGAAUGGACCAAAUCAUGUCCAAGAAUAUAAAGGCACCCGCACUUCACACGACUCAUGAUGAACUCGAUGAAGGCUGCAGACUGGCAAGCAAAAUUGAUUCCUUAUACUAUGAUAAUCAGCAUCUUAGAGGUUUGCUUGCAGAUAAUAUGAAGGAUGUUAAGGAAUUAUCAUCUCAGCUGUCUGAAGCCAGCAGAGACAUGUCUCUUCAGUUAUCUUCAGAAGAAGAGCUCUUGAGGCAAAUUGAGAAAAGCAGAGAAGAGCAGGAGGACCUCCGAAUCGAAGGUGAUGUGAGGGAUGGGCUAUACCGCACUGUUACAAGAAGUUUACUUGAUGAUUCUAUGGAUGACAUGCAUGAAGCUGCACUGAGCUUUGAUGCAAAACUGUCUUCACUUGAAGCUGUGAUCUCUGAGAAGGAGAAGGCCCUGUGUCUGUCGAAUGAAGAAAACCGGAAGUUGAAGGAGAAGCUAGCAGCGCUAGAGAAAGAGCGUUUGUUCCAAGAGCACCAGGAAGAUCCGGAAGUCAUCAAGCAAGAGAGUGCUGAAAUGAUUCUGCGUGACAUCGAGGUGGAGCCUAACAACACAUCACCAGGAAGAUCACAUGAGGCUCCCAAGCAAGAUGUGCAGUGUGAUGAACUUCUCAAACUGAACGGUUCAGUUAUGGAUUACGAUGGUGCUCUCACUAAGAACGGGCAAGAAAAGCAAUUGGAGUGCAUUUUGGUAUCUAUCAUGAAGUUGUCAAAGGAGUUUGUGGAGAUUGAGCAAAAAUUGUCAACGGAAAAAACUGAAAACAGAUCAGAGGAUUUGACUGAUCAUUGCAGUCACAUGGUCAAACAAGCCGUGGUUCUAACAAAAGUAGGCCUCUGGUACAAACAAAUGCUUGAAACAAGGCGCUCUGAGCUCCAAAAGGCUGAAGCCAAGGUUGUCAUUUUGGGCGACAAAGUUAAUACGCAUUUGAGCCUUCUCGAAAAGAUAUAUGUAACUCUUGAUCACUACUCUCCUACAUUGCAAAAAUACACAGGGUUGCUGGAUGCUUUCUUGAAGACAUGCAAGCUUGUUGCAGGUUUGAGAAGUCGACAUGAUGAAGACGAAAUAGCAUAG